AUGGACGAAAUACAAACAAAAAUUGAAGAAUUAAAAAGAUCUCGUAAUACAGAUAAUUUUGAAACAGCUUUUGAUCUUUUAAAAGAAACAAUUUUAGAUACUUUUAACAAUUUUGAAAAAGGUCUUAAUAUUAAAAAUGAUGUUAUAAAUUC